AUGUCCAAAAAGGUGUUCAUUCUUUUGCUGAUUGCUGCGAUUGUUCAUGACGCCGCUUCUAAUGCCGUGGAAAGGUUCAAAAGGUCUGGGCUUCUGGAAUUUGCCGUAAGGAAUGUGAAGCGAAGCACUGUAAUUUACAACAUUGCUAUCACACGGAUGGUCACGAAGGGGACUGCAAACAUGUCGCAUGUAUGGCAGCAUUGA